AUGGGAGUCGUUUGCUCAGUAGCAAAACAAAAGGGAGGGGAUAGAGAACAAGGCGCUCUGCGGCGGCUGAGGAAAAGCAGGGCUCAAAUUGCAAGAGCUGAACGAGGACGUUGCGACGAAGAAGACGACGCGAUUCCUGAGAAGAGGAGGAAGGCGGGCGAUCCAUGGACGCGCAAGGGGUCCCAGGAAUGUAGUGGCGACAACAAAUCUCGAUGA